AUGGCGGCCUCAAAGAAGAACGGCGCGGCUGCCGCUGUUGGCUUUUCCCUGGCCAAGGUCUUGCCUGACGACUCCAGACCGUGGUAUCGAGUGCCACACUUGUUACGACUCAACCUUUGCUUGCUGGUGCCUCUUAUGUCUUCAUGCUCAAUUGGGUACGAUGGUUCGAUGAUGAACGGCCUUCAGACACUCCCACAGUGGAAGAAACACUUUGACAACCCUACUGGAGCCAUGCUGGGGGCCAUGAAUGCUGUUUAUCCCGCCGGCAAGAUCGUCGCUCUCUUCAUCGUUGCAUACCUGAACGAUAGCUACGGACGAAAGAAGUGCAUUGCCCUUGGUGCAUUCCUUUGCGUUCUGCUUCCUCUCAUGCAAGGCUUCUCUACCAGCGCGGCUAUGUUCAUUGCAUCAAGAGCCCUGAUCGGCUUCGUUACCAGUUUCAUGUCUCUUCCUAGCCCCAUCCUUGUUAGUGAGCUUGCAUACCCUACGCAACGCGGGAAAUUGACUGCGUUGUACAACACGUCCUUCUACCUUGGGGGUAUCAUUGCAGCUUGGUGUACUUUUGGUACUUUUAAACUGGAGUCAAACUGGAGCUGGCGGAUUCCUUCGAUCCUCCAAGGCGCCAUGCCUCUUGUUCAGUUCAUUGGUGUAUUCUUUCUCCCUGAGUCGCCCAGAUGGCUAGUAGCCAAUGGUCGUCGAAACGAUGCCCGUGCCAUUCUGGUGAAGUACCAUGCUGGUGGAGAUGAAAACUCGCCUCUUGUGGAUUUCGAACUGGUCGAAAUCGAAGCAGCUCUAACGGCCGAAGCCGAUGUCAUGUCUCAACAUUCAUGGCUAGAUCUGUUUCGUACGCCAGCCAAUCGAAAGCGGUUGCUUAUCACCUUCAUUGUGGGUUGGUUUGCUCAGUGGAAUGGCGUGGGCAUGAUAUCUUAUUACCUUGGCCUGAUACUCAACACUAUCGGAAUCACCGAAGGCAAGGAUCAAACCCUUAUCAACGCCUUGCUCAAUGUGGCCAACUGGAUCGCCGCUGUUGGAAUUGGAGCGCUUAUGGUGGACCGAUUGGGACGCCGCACUCUAUGGUUGAUGUCAACUGGCACGAUGUUUAUCUGCUAUAUCAUCUGGACCAGCCUCACGGCCAAAUUUAUCGAGACCAAGGACGCAGGCCUUGGAAAAGCCGUGGUUGCCUUUGUCUUCCUAACAAAUCUCGGUUAUGCUUUCGCCUGGUCACCACUUCUACAAGCUUACAUUGUCGAAAUUUGGCCUUAUUCGCUCCGCAGUCGUGGUGUAUCGGCACUUUACAUCACCAGUUUUUCUGCAUUGGUCUUCGCCAACCAGGUCAAUCCCAUCGCAAUGGCUGCAAUCGCGUGGAAGUAUUACAUUCUCUUUUGCUGCAUCCUGUUCUUUCUUUUAAUCACCAUCUGGUUUGUUUUCCCAGAGACGAAGGGCUUCUCGCUUGAAGAGAUUAGCCAAAUCUUCGGCGAUGGAGUUCCACAUGUCGACGUAGAGAAGGUCGAAGAUGUAAAGGAAGAUGCUGAGGUUGCCCAGGUUGAGAUCAAGAAAGGGUGA